GAUUGCAGGUCAUUAGUGUCGCAUAUACAGAGCUGAAGGAAAUAUGAAUAUCUAAAAAUGCGCCGCAGCCUAGCUCCAAGCCAGCUGCUGAAGCGCAGUUUGGAGAUCAAUCGAGAGUCAGAUGACAGAAUUGGAAGUCCUGUUACGUCAAAGAGGAAAAAGACAGUCGAGAAUGAGUGUUCCGGCAUUCCUUUGUCACCCUACCGUGCCCCUCUUCACCCCAUUGUUAACUCAACGCAACAGGCUCCCUCGACACCUUCAUCAUCUCAUGAGGCCCUCAUUAAGAAGAUUCUCGCCAAGCCCUUUAAAAUACCUAUCCCCAACUAUGUCAGACAAGGGUCAUGCAGUCUUGGGAUUCGUCGAAAUGGAGUCAGAAGACCUUUGCAUGAUCCAGAGGAGCCAAAUGCACUUGUUUUGUACACACCACCUCUGUUGUCUGCGCAAGAAAAGCUCACCGCAAAUUUAGAAAAGUUGGAAGUUGCUGUUGUUGUUGAUCCACUGCUGUCAAAAAUUCUUCGUCCUCAUCAGAGAGAGGGUGUCAAAUUUAUGUAUGACUGUGUGACGGGCAAGCAGAUAGAGGACAACUUUGGCUGUAUCAUGGCUGAUGAAAUGGGUCUCGGUAAGACACUCCAGUGUAUCACCUUGCUGUGGACUCUGCUUCGACAGGGACCAGACUGCAAACCCUUGAUUGAGAAGGCGAUUGUGGUGGCACCCUCCAGCUUAGUUAAGAACUGGCAGAAUGAGAUCAAUAAGUGGCUGAAAGGCCAGCUAAAUUCCUUGGCCAUAGAUUCAGGCGGGAAAUCAGAGAUAGACAAGAACCUUGAAGGCUUUAUGAUGACCCAUGGGCGAAGGCCUGUCAAUCCUGUGCUAAUCAUAUCCUACGAGACCUUCCGACUUCAUGCCCAUGUGUUGCACCAAGGGGAAGUAGGCUUGGUACUCUGUGAUGAGGGCCACAGACUCAAGAACUGUGAGAACUUGACCUACCAAGCUCUGAUGGGGCUGAAAGCGAGACGUCGUGUGCUGCUAUCCGGAACGCCCAUCCAGAAUGACCUCCUUGAGUACUUCUCCCUUGUCCACUUUGUCAAUGCAGGCAUUCUAGGGACUGCUCAGGAAUUCAGGAAAAAGUAUGAAAGGCCGAUUCUUAGGAGCAGGGAUGCCGAUGCUUCUGACAAGGAUCAUCAGAUUGGGAAAGAAAAGUUGGAAGAGCUUAUUGCAGUUGUCAGCAGAUGCAUCAUCAGGCGCACCAAUGAUAUCCUUUCCAAGUACUUACCGAAGAAAAUUGAACAUGUGGUCUGUUGUCCCUUGACCCCAAUGCAAGAGGAGAUGUAUGUCAAAUUUCUUAAUUCUUCAGCUGUCAGAAAACAAAUCACAGAUGGGGACAGAAGACUGGACAACAGUGCCUUGGCUGCCAUCACAAGCAUGAAGAAACUGUGCAACCACCCGGACCUUAUCUGGGAGAAGGUGAUGAAAAAGGAACAAGGCUAUGCUGGCCUUGCGGAAUUCUAUCCUGCCAACCACGAUCCAAGGAGACUCCGUCCAGAGUUAUCAGGGAAAGUUGCUGUCUUGGACACGCUCUUGGCCCUUAUCCGCAGCAAGAGUGAUGACAAAGUGGUCCUCAUAUCCAAUUACACUCAGACACUUGACCUGUUCCAGCAGCUGGCAGCCCUACGGAAUUAUCCCUAUGUGCGUCUGGAUGGCUCCAUGUCUAUAAAGAAAAGAGCAAAGAUUGUGGAGAAGUUCAAUGAUCCAACGGGAGGAGACUUCAUCUUCAUGUUAAGUAGCAAGGCAGGAGGCUGUGGUCUCAACCUCAUUGGUGCUAAUCGUCUUGUCAUGUUCGAUCCUGACUGGAACCCAGCCAAUGACGACCAGGCAAUGGCCCGUGUGUGGCGUGAUGGGCAGAAGAAACAGUGCUUCAUAUACCGGCUUCUUGCUACUGGCAGUAUUGAGGAGAAGAUAUUCCAGCGACAGGCACACAAGAAGGCUCUGAGCAGCUGUGUUGUGGACUGUGAGGAGGAUGUCCAGCGACACUUCUCUGUCUCUGAGCUUCGAGAACUUUUCACCCUCACUACAAAUACCACUUCAGAUACUCAUGAUAAGUUCAAAUGUCGCAGAUGUGUCAAUGGCAUCCAAGUCAAAGCUCCACGGGAGGAUGCAGACUGUACUUGUGACCUCUCUGAGUGGCACCAUUGCGCAGAUGGAAGGGGAAUUCAAGACACCAUGCUGCGGCAGUGCUGGCCAGCUGGCAUCUCUUUUGUCUUCCAUCAGCGUUCCCAUGAGCAGAAAGAAAUUCCAUAGACAGAUAUCUUCAGUCCUCUGCAUCAAGGUGCUAGAAGAAGAAGAAGA